UCAAAAAAGUUCAUAGGACAUGAUUUAUUUAUCUCUCUUUCCCUCUUUUUUCUCUCUAUUACUCUCCCGCUCUCUCUGUGCUCAGGUGGGGAACUACAAACGUGCUGUCAAAAGAUUUGAUGAUGGCCAUCGGCUCUGCAAUGAUCUUAUGGGUUGCCUGCAAGAACGUGCCAAGAUAGAAAAAGCUUAUGGUGAUCAGCUAACUGCCUGGUCCAAGCGAUGGAGACAGUUAAUUGAAAAAGGUCCACAGUACGGCUCCGUGGAGAGAGCCUGGCUUGCGGUUAUGACAGAGGCAGAGAAAGUGAGUGAACUGCACCAAGACGUGAAAAACAACCUGCUGAACGAAGACGUGGAGAAAGUGAAGAACUGGCAGAAGGAGGCAUAUCAUAAGCAAAUGAUUGGAGGCUUCAAGGAGGCCAAGGAGGCAGAGGAAGGCUUUAAAAAGGCUCAGAAACCAUGGGCCAAAAAGCUCAAAGAGAUGGAGGCAGCUAAGAAAACGUACCAUAUGGCCUGCAAGGAGGAGAGGCUGGCUGCAGCCCGGGAGGCCAAUGGCAAGACGGAGGCUUCUGUCACACCAGACCAGCAGAAGAAACUUCACGAGAAAGUGGAUAAAUGCAAACAGGACAUGCAAAAAGCUAAGGAGAAGUAUGAGAAGUCUUUGGAGGAGCUAAGCAAGUGCACUCCUCAGUACACGGAGUGCAUGGAGCAGGUGUUUGACCAGUGCCAGCAGCAUGAAGUCAAGAGGCUAACUUUCCUCAAGGAGGCCUUGUUGGACAUAAAACGCCAUCUUAACCUCACUGAGAACCAAAGCUAUGUCACAAUAUACAGAGAACUGGAGCGCACGAUUCAGGCCAUAAGCACACAAGAAGACCUGAGGUGGUUCAGCAAUAAUCAUGGCCCAGGGAUGCCCAUGAACUGGCCAGUGUUCGAGGAGUACAACCCAGACCAAGCAGCUGCUCCUCCAAAGAAGAAGAAACCAGAUGGAGCCCCACCCACUCCAAGCACUGACCAUGUGGCUCCCCCUGGUGACCGAAGCAGCGUGAGCAGCUAUGACAAGAACCAAGCUUAUUCGGCCGAGUGGUCCGACGACGAACAGCCCACUACGUACUCCGGCAACGAAAACGGUGGAAACAGGAAUUCGUUUGAAGACGAUUCCAGCACUGGGAAAGGCGUCCGUGUUCGCGCCCUCUAUGACUAUGACGGCCAGGAGCAGGACGAGCUCACCUUCAAAGCAGGUGACGAAUUCACCAAGACGGAGGACGAAGACGAGCAAGGCUGGUGUAGAGGUCGCUUGGACAGCGGCCAGGAGGGACUGUACCCAGCCAAUUACGUGGAGCCAAUCUAGUCACAUGAGCGGACAGAGACAUGCCGCCGGAGGCAGCUUGAACCGUCCCGUCCAACUGCACCGCACAUAGCCAGAGACUUAAGAGCAACACAUCCUUUGCCCAACAGAUGCGCCAAGCUGUCUUGCCUAACUAAAACUUAGUAACCUAAAAAGACACUAUAUCAGUAUAGUAUAUUUUAUCCAGCGUUUGGGGUGGGGGGCGAAGUUACACAUUCAAAAAAAAAAAAAAAAAAA